AUGGUGGAGUCUAGAUGGAACAUCACUCAAUCAGCCAAGAUAUUGAAUAAGAAGGCAAAUGUACUUGGUAUGAACUUUGACUAUGCAGUGUUGGAUAUGGAAUUGGAUCGUGACCUGUAUACGUAUACAUCGAUACCAUGUGCAAACUUUACAUUUGAAUCAAAGCCAAAGCCUACAAUAGAUUGUUCAUGUGAUUAUACAAGUCAUAGUGCAUGUGGAUCUACGUUGUCGGGCGAUCCCUCUUGCGCACCAUGCAUCGAAUCACCAGCAUUCUGUGGACCUCAAUUCAGUUGGUACACAAUGAACUCGAUCAAUCACACACUGGAGAUAUCGACCUAUGACAUCACACCUACACCCUACCGCUACAUCAAUAUAAGAUACAACUAUGUGAUUAAUCCAUUAUCAACAGAGACUGUGAUGUUCAAGACAGAAAUGGUUGGCAGGACAAACUCAUCAACUGGAUUGUUGUUUACCAGUGGUAAUCCAGUGUCAAGCCAGAAUAUAAGGGCAUUUCCAAACACGGCAAUAUAUUGUCCAGACAAAUAUACUCAAGGCAAUUGGACACAGUUCACAUUGUUCUUACAAGUGAUCACAGUUGAUUUCCUUGGUACUGUCAAGAUAUCAAUGAUUACAUCACCAGCUCCAAAUGCAAUUGUACCAUCAUCAGCCUCAUCAUCAUGCUUCAGCAAUUCUGAUCAACUAUGUAUUAUUGAUGGACAAUCAUUCAAUUUAACAACACCAACUUUGUACAAAUACAUUGUCAAUCGUCCUAUGAACUUAUCACUUGGAUGUUCUCCCGAGCAAAUAAGUCCAGUGGACGUGGACAUCUUCAUCUCUGAUCAAUCACCCAAACCUGACGAGUACAAUCACAAAUGGAGCUUCAGCAACCCAACUAAGUUGGUUGGAGUAAUGGGAGUAGUACCAUUGGCACCAUGGUCGAAUGGAACUGCCAAGGUUUUAUAUGUUAGCAUUAAUACAAUCAAGUUUAUAUCUUGUACUUUUACCUCGCAGGCCAAGCCAUGGUUGGUACCAGUCCAUUCGAGUGAUCGUGUGGACUCAUUGUCCAGAGUAUAUAAUGGUGCACAAUUGAUCAAUGGCGCAGAUGGAUCAUUAUUAUAUAAUCCCAAGGCAUUGGCAUUAUCAUUACCACAAUUAUAUUUUGGAUUCCAAUGGUCUUCUCCAUUCACAAUCAACUAUCCAGUUCAAUCAUUGAACCCAUUCAUACCAAUACCAGUAUCACUCAAGAGUGAUCAAUAUCUCACUCAACUAUAUAUGCCUGAAUACAUUGAUAAGGUCAAUGUGACAGACAGUCCUUACAAGCCCAAGUCAUUCCAAGCCAGUUACCUACUAUCCAAACAAGUUGAUGACUAUCGAAUACUCUUCAGCAGUUACGAUGUCCUGUCCACAGCCAAACUCAAGUUCACCGGUUUACUCUUUGACUCUAAUGGCAUUCCAUUGGAUGAUGUUGUGGACUUGGACCCUCAAACUUCACCUCCAUGUAAUUACACAUUGUAUGAGGAUAUUAUAACAUUGAUCAAGGGUUAUCAAGCAAAUAUGUCGAUGACCAAUGAUGGUGCAAAGAUAAUAGAACUCAGAUAUAAUAUGGAUAUAUUGUCAUUCUCUGAUGCAUGGAAGUCUUGUGUCAAUCAAACGUCCAACUUCAUGGUGGUACAAUCACAGAACAUCACGGUGACCACCAACUCAUGUCCCGACCUCAACAUGAAGGCCAGCCGAUACAACUCUGAUCCAUGUUGUAACAAGUACGCCAAGUUCUCAAAGUGUUGUCAACCGAGACAAGUGACCAUCUCCGCGUCCAGCCUGGUUGGCUUCCAAACCGACCAACUCAAUCGACAAUGCACCAGUCCUUCAUGUACUCAAUCAGUUCUGCAAGACUUCCAUACAUCAUCGUCUCGCGUGGCCAUGGGCGGAUGCAAUCUCUCACUCCUCCAAUACAAUCGUGGACAGUAUGAACUUGUCACACUACUUCAGCAAUGCAAGGACCUUGCGUAUACCAUGUCAUGGUGUGACAACGACACUCAAUGUCCUGCUGGUGGCACAUGCAGUCUAUUCACACGCAAAUGUAUGAUCCCGUUGGUCGUGCAAGACCGAGCGUACGUCGCCUGUGUCCUCAAUGGCUCAUCCAUCUCCACAUUGUUCAAUCUCAAAAGACAACUCACCUCAAGUUCAAGCUCAAACUCAAGUUCAAACUCAAGUCUUACAGAGAUGGUAUACCAAUCAUUCAGAAUGAUGGAUUGUACAUCAUUGAUUGGCAAUAACUAUCGCACAUUCUAUGUGUUCACUGCGACUGGACAGAACUCUGUGUGUCUGGACAGGUACUGUCCAUUCACUCACACGACCUCAAUGGACUACCAGAACACAGUGAUGUACAAUCGAUACUCCCAACCAACGGGCACAUGUCAAUAUUAUGGCUACUGCCCAGGCCUGCCAGGUAUAUGCGUGCCAAUGGGCAACGCAAACUAUUGUGUCAGUUGCACGGGCAAGAAGGACUUUUGUGGCAUCUGCAGCGAUCAAUCACCCUGCAACGUGCUAACAUACAAUCAAACAGUUUGUCAAGAUAUGCCACCUUUGUGCGUUCUGCCCAAUGGAGUGGCGGUGGACACAUACCCAGAGAGGUGUGCCGAGCUUGGAGAAUGCACGACUGACUGUGGUCUACUAUGUACUGGCGUGCCAAAGCUUGGAUAUCGCUGGCUGGACUGCAACACAUUGUCAAUGAGUGAGUGUGGCAACAAGAGCAACAGGCUCCUCUGCAGCAUAUCGCCCAAGCGGUGCUCGACAAGGGAGCAGUGCGAGGCGCCAACAGCAGGAUCAUGCACAGACUUGUUAUACUUUAGAGAUCAAACUCAGCUCACACUGUCUGCCAGCAUGUGUGUCCGCGGACACACUGCCAUCGUCCUUCCAUUCAAUCAGCCAGCAUGCAACAUUAAUGAGUAUGACACUCCUUUCGGAUGUGUAAAUGUGAAUCAACUUCUAUUCGCAUCCAAGGAAGAUUGUGAGGGCAAAGGUAGUGAAUACAAAUGGCUGGAGGCUUCACUCAAUCAAUCAACAUGCGAGUCAUACAAGGGCUGUCUGAUGACGGACUUCUCCAACACUACAUCAGGCCAAUCGCGAUACAAUGACAUGACUCAAGAUGAUUGUAUUCAAUGUUCGUCCAGUGCCGACAUGUACUUGUGGAAACAAAAGUUCAAGUGGACACCUGGUCGAUGGCUGCCUGGUGUGAUGGUCCUGCCCAAGUGGUACUCUGGCCCACAGACCAACUUUGUCAACUCGUCAACAUAUGGUGACUCGUUCAAUCUUGAUGGAUUCGCCACGUCCUUGUCCAACAUCAUGAAGGACGAGCUCAUUCGAUCAUCAUGCCAAUUCCAAGGAAUACAAGAUAGUGUCGAAGCAGUGUCAUGUAGUUGCUCGUCCAGCACAGGUAGCAAGUGCUUCCAAUCCACCUCAGUGCCAACUCAGUCACUUCAAGUAUGUGCCACAGAACCAAAGAGGAUACAGGUCAACAAUGGAAACAUCCAGUUCGAUGCGACAUCGGUAUCAGAGUCAUGUGUUCAGGUUACGGUGAGCGAGUUCACUCGUGAGACCUAUGCAUCGCCACCAACACGUGUGCCACUCAGUGCCGAGUUCUUCAGUUACAAGCCAUCGGUCAAAUAUGGUUUGACCAAUGACAAGGGUGCAUUCAUUGGAGUGAUCGUCAACAAUGGAAUCAAUGUACAAGGUCCACUCAAUCACUUUACAUUGUGUCAGUCACCCGCCGCCAUCACCCAGGGCGACUACACCAUCAAUGAUUUGGCCAUGACGAUUGACAACAGUACCAACUCUAUGCCCAGGCCUAUCGAAGCCAAGUUCAGUCAAGCAACUGGAGAGGUUUACAUCUGCGUGGACAUCUCUCUGCAGUCUGGAUCUGGCGCCAACUCUAGCGUCACGUUGUUCCCCAUCUUGAGGGUGGCCGACUGGAAGGAUUCCAAGGAGUUCUUCACCAAGUCACAGACAGUGUUGAUGUACAUCUUGGCAGUGAUCUAUGCACUCUGCGCACUCUGGGGAUUGUUCCAGAUCAGUGUGAUCAUGAUGAGAUUGAUUAGAAGGAUUGAAGGACCUAAAUUGGCACAUGCACUGAUCACAUCAAUCACAUGUUAUACAUUCAUCCGAGCGAUAUACUUCUUCAUUCUUCCAACUGGCACGUUGUACUCAUCGACUGUAUCAGACUAUGUGUUG